AUGCAAUUUCAAUUUCCCAACACCCGACCAACCGCGUGCUCUCGAGAUGAAAACAAAAUGAGGUCAAUAAAGCUGCGAAUGAUCGGCGUCCGUUCCUCUUCGUCGUCUCCUUCGUAUUUUCUCCCUAACGACUUGGUCUUCUUGGGAAGUGGGAUUGGUCGCUCGUCGACAUGGCACAAGCAAACGCUGAUUUUUUUCGCCGUCGUGGCCUCCCGAGCGGUGAGUGCUUGGCCACAUUGGCCGGGCUGACCAUCAAAGAUCCUUUCGGUUCGGAGCAUUUUCCCAGCCUCUUCCUCAUCCAACGGUAUUGUGCGCGCCUUGUGAAGCAUGCAUACAAUUGUCGGUCCUGUGCUGGUAGCAUCGUGUGUGGAUUGGUCGGGUGUGGUGCCUGUCUCCCCACUUGCCUCAACCACUUGACGCCAAGCCAAGCAAGUGCGCCUCUGCCAUGUCACGUGCUACUCGCCCCACGGCUACAGAGAACAAGUCGUAUUAUCAUUACUCUACUCCAUUACCUAUCGUACAUGUCUUCCCUUAUGCGGUUACAUGGUUUUCGUCCCUUCUCUUUG